AUGGAAAUAGAAUCGUUGGGGGUAGCAGUAAGAAAGGGUUCUGCCUUGGAUGGAUCGUGGUUGGGUAAAAAGUUGAUCGGGAGAGGUACAACAUCGAAGUCUUGUAAUAACUAUGUCAACAGUGUCCUCAUUCUAAAUUUGGAUAAGGGAUAUUUCACUUCAGUAGAGGAUUUUGCUGAAGCUCUUGGUGCAUUUGGUUUAAAAAUUAGUGUUCCAGCUUUGAAGAAUAGUUUGGCUCUGGAUCCAGCACAAGAAGUUCGAGAAACUUGUGAAAUGGCUUCGAGUAGAAUUGAGAAGAUGAAGAAUCCCUCACUUGAACUAGAUUCAUCUGCCUCUAUCUAG